UCCCUCCAUUUUUCGUUAAGCAGUUUUUUUUGCAGUCCACUGCUGUUGUUGCUACUACCAAAUUUUUAAAUUACAGGCCGUUUCUCUAUAGAAAACCCACACGCGCCAAACCUCCUUACUGGGUAUCCUGAGCACGUGCGGUGUACGUUCUAACUAAGGCAACAUCAGUCAGAUCUUCUGUUUAUUUUCAGCGUAGUGGUCUGGAAGAAAGGGCGGCCGUUGCUAGGCAACCGACACCCCGGGCAACAACCAGUCGAGGCGGGAGGGGGCGUGGCCUUGGCGGGCCUAGGCUGAUAAGAGGCGGUGCCCGCCACCCGCGCAAGGAAAACGGCCAGUGUGAGCGGCCAGGCGGAGGCGAUCCCCACCUGCUACCCGGGAAGGCCCAGUCGGGCCGGCGAGCGAGGCUGCGAGCCCGCUGCUCACUUUCCCACACGCCCUGCUGAGGAACCUUGCUCCGCGCCCUAACAUGGCCGGCGGGCGCUGCGGCCCGCUGCUGACGGCGCUCCUCACCGCCUGGGCUCUCGCGGCGGCGUCAGAGGCCGAUCCCAAGCAGGCCGCGAUGCCGGAGGAGCAGAGCUUGGUGCUGCCCAUGACCGCCUCCAACUGGACGCUGGUGAUGGAGGGAGAGUGGAUGCUGAAAUUUUAUGCCCCUUGGUGCCCAUCCUGCCAACAGACUGACUCAGAAUGGGAGACAUUUGCAAAGAAUGGUGAAAUACUUCAUAUCAGUGUGGGGAAGGUAGAUGUCAUUCAAGAACCAGGUUUGAGUGGCCGCUUCUUUGUUACCACUCUCCCAGCAUUUUUUCAUGCAAAGGAUGGGAUAUUCCGCCGUUACCGUGGCCCAGGAAUCUACGAAGACCUGCAGAAUUACAUCUUAGAGAAGAAGUGGCAAGCGGUUGAGCCUCUGACUGGCUGGAAGUCCCCGGCUUCUCUAACGAUGUCUGGUAUGGCUGGUCUUUUCAGCAUUUCUGGCAAGAUAUGGCAUCUUCACAACUAUUUCACAGUGACCCUUGGAAUUCCUGCUUGGUGUUCUUAUGUCUUUUUCGUUAUAGCCACCUUGAUUUUUGGCCUUCUCAUGGGUCUGAUCUUGGUGGUAAUAUCAGAAUGUUUCUAUGUGCCAUUUCCAAGGCAUUUAUCUGAACAUUCUGAGCAGAGUCGGAGGUCAGAGGGGGCUCAUGGGGCUGAACAGUUGCAGGAUGCAGAGGAGGAAAAAGAUGACUCAAAUGAAGAAGAAAACAAGGACAGCCUUGUAGAUGACGAAGAAGAGAAAGAUGACUUUGGUGAUGAGGAUGAAGCGGAGGAAGAAGAGGAGGACGACAGCCCAGCUGUUGGCCUGGAUGAGGAGCGGAGUGACAGCCAGGACCAGAGGCCCCUGAGGGACGCCCAGGGGGAAGGAGAACCUGAUGAGACUGAAGAAGACGUCCCUGAGCAGCCCCGGCAUUCAGCUGGCACAGCGGCGGCUGAAGACGCAUUGAGGCAGCGCAAAAGUCAGCACGCCGACAAGGGACCAUAGGUUCAAUGGCAGCGUUCCCAAGAACAUAGACCCGAGGGAUAUGUCAGCUUCCCUCCGGUCUGCAGUUUAAACCAAAUCCUUGUUUUUUUUCCUGAGUAAGCAAGCUUCUAAAAAAUGAUCUCUAGUCAUGUAGUGUCAUGGCAUUAAGCCUAAUGUAUAUUCAUGAGACUUUCAGGCAUGACAAUCAGAAUACAUAAAACAAACAUGGUGUUAGGCUCUGUCUGGGGCCUUGCGAUGGGCACGAGUUCAUGUCCUUGGGGCUAGAGGGUUUCGAGCAGAGGAAGCAAGCCCAGCCCGCCUGAGUCCUGUUUGCCCACAAGGCUGCAGGCGCAGCAAGGCGGCCUGAGCAGCCUCAGGUGCGGCAGAAGCUUGCUUCCUCUUCCCGGGUUAAGUGUUUUUAUCAAACUGAGAAACGUCAGGCACCAUGGCCCAGGGACACAUUUCUAGAGGUAGAAAUUGAGAGAGCCCUGGUUAGUACUGUAGAAAAGAGCUUGGAAGUCACUGUGACUCUAAAUCUCCUUUGUUUUAUUUCUUACCUUUAACAUUUCCAGCUUUCCUGCCGUGGGCCCCAGGCUCCCCACACUCCUCACAAUACUUCCUUAGUGAGUGAAAGCAGCCGGGUUUGCAUCAGCCAUGUUUACCCGACUUGAGGGUUUAGAUGGGUACGAACCACAGCCCAUGAAGCUGUGACAGCCAAGCCUCUCGAAUGCAAUGUUGUCACCUUUGGAGAUUGAAAAGGAAGUAGGGAUUUUACAGGAGAGGGUUUUGCCGUGUUUUGCCAAAAUGUAAUAACUUUUUUUUUCCAAAAAGUUCCUUUAGCAAUAUUCCUCUUAAACCCAGAAGUCUCCUAAGUCUUGCCAGCACAAGGUAGUCUUGUGAAGAAAACUUGAACGCUGUGUUGUUUUGUUUCCAUCUCAAGGGGUUCCCUGGUCUUGAACCACUUUAAUAACUGAAAAACCAUUUCUGGUUUCUCUUUAGAGAUGUGCUUUUGAUGAAAGAAUUAAUGAAAGUGAAUAUCUGGAAUGAAAGAUUUGGUUUCAUUUCCUUCUUCCUUAAUCUUGUGAAGAAUUUUAUCCCUGUAAAUCUCUCAAUACUCAAUCUACUAAAUGUACCCAGGGGGCCCAAUAUCUUUUUAAAAAUUCAUCCGUCUACUUCUGCCUUACCUGAUUUAUGUCUUAGAAUAAAUUCGUAAAAUUAGAUUCCAAGCUUAUGAAAGAUGACUAAAGUUGAUUCUACACCUCUUGGGUUCAGACAGAAUAAUAAGUAGUACAGGUUUAUGAAAUUCAGAAAGUUUCUGUCAUUUUUAAAAAGAAAUAUGCAGUACACUCCUAUCUGGCUGUUUAGAUAACCCUUUCCUUGUAUUAACUUUGAACACGGGAUCACUGCAGGACGGGGGAGGUCCUGAAACUUGCUGUCCUCCUAUGCUUGUAUGAGCCUGUUGCAAACCUCACACAAAGGGAGUUCUUAUUCUGUAAGAAUCCAAUUUUUAGAGGUGGCUAUUUUUCAUCUUUCCAACUCAGUUACUUGACAGUCACAUCCCCCAGUAUGGUGAGGGUCAUUAAGAGUCACCAAUAGUUUUUAAGCAACAUGGCCUCAAAUUUGAGGGGUUGGGAAAAUCUUGGCUUUUACUUCUUUCCUGUCUCUCCCCACAUGUAGUUCUCUGACACCCUCACCCAGAGCACCAUCAUUCUGAUGGUGGCAGCUCUAUCCCCCCCACCCCCUCCCCCACCCCACCCCCAUACCAGGAAGCUUUCCGGUUCUUGCUGAGCUGGGCCUCCCCCAGUCACUGGAUUGCUUUCUCUUAGUCAGCUGAAGCAAGUUUUCAAAGGUCAUUAAGUUCAAGUUCAGAGGUAUGGAAUAAGAAAUGUUUCGUAGUUUGGCUUUUCUGUAUAAUUCCUCCUCCCUCAUAUUAAAAUAUUCUUUUUUUUAAGUGAGGCAUUUGACUAGAGGGGAGGGAAUGAAGAAAUAAGAUCUAUGUUGGCUUUUCAUAAAUGUAAGGCCAAUUUCCAAUUGGACCCGAAAGAGUACCUACCGAAUGAUAUAAUUUUUUUAUUAAAUCUAUUUUCUUUCUGAAAAAUACUAAAAAAACAAAAAAAUUGAAGUGAGGUGAGAAAAACAUCUUAGAGAAGAAGAUUCAUUAAAAGUUUGUGUCUGGCUAUGGGAACCAUUUCCCUGGUUUGUUGUUUGUUUGUUUUUUAACAUUCUGGCAAAAAUGGGAUUAUUUGCUAAAUAGUCUGAAAAGUACACAUCUAAUUUCAUUUCUUUGUAUUUGAAGCUUUAGAUUUGUUUUCAACACUCAUUGAAUAUAAAACUAAAGGAAAAAGUCAACCUAAAAUAUUUGAAAUUAGAUUAUUUCAGUAGGAUUUUAUGAACAUUUCUUAUAGAUAAUAUAUUUAUUCCAGAAGUCAAGUGCAUGGAAACAUGAUUUUGAUUUAAAAAAAAAAUCAUGCUUCCCUGUAUUGCAGUAUCAGUUAUUUAAUUACAUAAUAGUAUUCUGUAUAGAUCAAAAUUAGGCAAAUAAAAUAAAAGUAACUGGGUUUUAGAAUGUUGGUACAGGGUGCCUUUUCCUUGAUAACAAGGAAAGGUUGAAACUUCCAGCUCCCUUUUUCUUAGUUUCUUUUAUUGUUCAUCUCUUGCUAGAUCUGCUACCCCAUCCCAGCUUGCUUAGAGAUUGCAUAUUGAUAGACAAUCCCACAUCUUUUUUUCCCUUUGAAGUGUAAGCAUUGAGUGGGCUGAAGGCUCACUGCGUGGGCGUGCACUUGCUGCCCGAUCUCAUGUAUGUGAUCCCUGGUAGCCACGGGCCUCUCUACAUAAAGCCAUUCUAAAUAACUACUGUAGUAAAAAGGAAACAAGCUUUGUCCAGGUUGGUUUUGACCCUGGAGAAAGCCAAAUUUUGACUUUUUCUAUGGCCCAAACCCUUGCUGAUAGCUAUGGUGUUGCUAUGAUUUUGGGAAUAUGUAAGCCCGCAGAGCCUGCACCCUCUUAACACCUUUGGGGUAGGUGAUAAAAAUGUACUACUGUAAGGCAGUUACUUAGCAUGUGACUUCUUAUGACCGAGUCUUUCAAGAGUGGAGCUUGUUAUGUUGCUUUAUAGGAUGGGGAACAUUAAAGAGUCAAAAAGAAAAAAAGGUAGAAAAGAUAGUGUACACCUGAGAUUUUGGCAUACAGCCUUAAAUUAACAUGAAGGGAGAGAAAAAAAGGAGAUGGAUGCUUUUGCUAAUGUGUAUCGAUAUUUAUCUGUCCUUUAUCUCAGUGUUGAGGUUAUUUCUGCCAGUAUUAUAAAUGUGUGGUUGACCCAUCCUGUCAGUAAUAACAUUUUGGAAAGUAUUCAUGUAAAUAUUUUGUGCCAACGGAAAAGUUCCUCCUUGUUUAAUCUCAUUACCUCAGUCCUGCAUUUUGAUCCUUACGAGGAUUAUAGCUUGUUUUGAAAAACCAAAUGUGGAGUCAUCACGUCUGAUGAAUCCUCAUGGGGCAUCUGUUGAAACAGCAUUCCUGAACCAGGAGGUCCAGUUGAAAGGCCCUUCUUUGAUGGCUUCAGACCAGGAGAUGGCCUUCAAAUGGCUUAUUCUCAGUGACAUUUCACGUUAACUGUGACAUUGUAUAUAUGUGACUCAUACAACUUUAACGUGUUUCCAAUAUGGUUUAAUUGUAUUUGUUACUAAAUAGCUUCUUUGUGCAAAUGCAAUUUUUAUACUAAAAAUACUGCUUAUUUGUAUUGCAAUACAUUAUAAAUUUAUUAUUUAUAUUCUUUGUAAUAGUCUUCAUUAUUUAGCCCAGUGACACUUAUUUUUCUCUUCAUCCAUGUAUUCCUUGCUUCCUCAAAUAGCAUCUGCAGCAACUGGAAUAGAAACUCAAGAUGAGUUCCUGGCAGCACAUUGCCUGAAUUACAAAACACCCUAAUCACAAAAUUGUACAUAACCCUUGAUCCUGUGUGUUUUCAUUUUAUUGUGAAUUCCCAUUUGCCUAAUGAAACUUAAUGAUAGUGGUAACUAAGUAAAAACAAAACAAUGUAUUGCUUUUCAUGUAAAUAUUUUCACAAAAGUCAUUUGCCGAGGCAGCAAAAAAGACUACUUUGUUAAAAAGAUAAUUUUCUUCUGUGUUCAUCGUCCAUCCAGUCUGCUCCCCUUCUCUUUCUCCUCCUUGACUUGGUGAAACUGAAACCAUGUGCCUUUAGCUGCUCUAGAAAGUGCACAAAACCAAGGAGUAACCCAAGAUCAAAGGGCUCCUUGUUGCAGCCCAUUGUGUUGUCUAUAGAAGCUCAUUGCACUCACCUCUCAGGUCACCCUCUGUCCUGAGGUCUGGAGGCAGCACAGACUGGAGCAGGUGGCGGGACCGCGAAUCCUUCAAGACACUGGACCGAUCUGGUCUCCUAGGGAAUUCAGAAGUCUCUCGCCUACAUCUGUAUAGCUAUGGGAAAGCACAACGGCAGUGUGGGCUCUUCCAAGCACCCUUGGGGACUGAAAUAAUGAAGAUGUGAUUUUUUCACUCUUGAAAAACAACAGGAUGUGUAGUAAAAAAAAAAAAAAAAA